AUGUCGUCUAACCUCAUUACCGUGGCCUCGCCGCCUGAGGACGCCAUCUCCGCCCUGAAGUUCUCGCCCAACCCCGACUCGACUCGCAUCGUUGUAUCGUCAUGGGACAAGAAUGUCUACCUCUAUGAUCUGCGCGACGAGAAUGGCGCAGUUGGCGAGGGAAAACUGCUGCAGAAGUUUGAACACCGCGCGCCUGUGCUCGACGUGUGCUUUGGCGAGAACGAGAACGAGAUCUACACAGCUGGACUGGACUGGGACGUUCGAAAGAUUGAUACCAAUACUGGUGAACAGACUGUCCUGAGCAGCCACGAGGCUGGCGUACGCAAUGUUGUCUACAGCCCCGAAUACAAACUCGUCAUCUCCGGUUCAUGGGACUCGACUCUCCACGUGCACCGUCCUGAAGCUGGCACGAACACCGAAUACAUUCCCGCCGUCAUUCCCCUCCCCUCGAAGCCCUUCUCGCUGUCCAUCACUCCUACCAAGCUGGUCGUCGCUAUGGCGUCCCGAUCCUUCUACAUCUACGACCUGAAGUCCUUGGCCCUCCUUACGGCACAGGCUGAUGGCGCCUCGACUGACGGCAACAAGGUGGAAAUCGAGCCAUGGCAGCGACGCGAGAGCAGCUUGAAGUUCAUGACGCGCUGUGUCGCCUGCAUGCCCGACGAUGCCGGAUAUGCCUGCUCCAGCAUUGAAGGCCGUGUGGCCGUUGAGUGGUUCGAUCCAUCGCCCGAAUCUCAGGCCCGCAAGUACGCUUUCAAGUUCCAUCGUCAGACUACCGAGGAUGAUGUCGACAUUGUCUACCCCGUCAACGCACUGGCUUUUCACCCUGUGUAUGGCACGUUUGCUUCUGGCGGCGGCGAUGGUGUUGUUGCCAUCUGGGAUGGCAUUUCCCGACGCCGCAUUCGCCUGUACCACAAGCAUGAGUCUAGUGUGGCUGCCCUCGCAUUCAGUGGGAAUGGAAAUUACCUCGCCAUUGGCGUCAGCCCUGGCUUUGAGGAUGGCAAGGAUGAUAUGGCCGAGGGAGUCGUCAAGAUUUACGUUCGCCAGCUGGGCGAGACAGAGGCGAAGCGCAAGAGUGCCAAGUAA